CCUUUUUUUUUUCUUCUUCUGUUGUGAGAAUGGUGUUUGGUCUGCCUGAGGGCAAAGCAGAGUGGACCAAGUUCCUCUGGAACGAAGGCCCCGCGCUCUUGUUCUUUGUCACCUGGCUCUGCGCCAACAUUGGCCUGUUCUUUAGUACGUACAGUAGCUAUCAGACCAAUGAAGACUACAAGUGUCCGCACGACAUUAUGGGUGCUGGCCUCUCGGUCGCUCGUGGCGCAGCAAUGAUCCUGAACUUGAACUGCGCGCUCAUCUUGCUGCCCGUCUGCCGAAACCUCCUGUCGCUCGUCCGCGGCUCGAUUCGCCUGUCGUUCAUCCGCCUGCUCGACCACAACAUUACCAUGCACAAGCUCAUUGCCUGGACGAUCUGCCUCGCAGCGGUGGUGCACACUGGCGCGCACUUUUUCAACUUUCUCAACCUCGAGAAGACCGGCUCGUUGCAGUGCGGCGGUCAGCCUGGCACGUCUGCGGAAGACUAUGCCUUUGCCACUAUUGCCGGUUCGACUGGCCACAUUGUCGUCCUCGUCAUGUUCCUCAUGUUCACGUCGUCCAUGUCCAUCAUUCGCCGCUCGUACUUUGAGAUUUUCUGGUACACGCACCACCUGUUUGUUGUCUUUUUCGUCCUGCUCUGCAUCCACGGUCUCGGCGGCCUGGUCAAGAAGCGCGUCGUCAUCGACCCCACCGAUCCCGCCAACGACGUGUACGAGUCGCAGCCCCCCAACUUUUGGAAGUUUGUCGUCGGGCCGUUCGGCGUCUACCUGAUUGAGCGCGGCCUGCGAUUCUACCGGUACACCCAAAACACGAUUGUUCAAAAGGUCGUGCAGCACCCUUCCAAGGUCGUCGAGAUCCAGCUUGUGCGCCGCGGUUUCCACUCCAAGCCCGGCCAGUACAUUUUCGUCCACUGCCCUGCCGUCUCGUGGUUUGAGUGGCAUCCCUUCACUCUGACCUCUGCCCCCGAGGAAGAUUUCGCGUCUGUGCACAUCCGCGUUGCCGGUGACUGGACGACCAAGUUUGCCGAAGCGCUCGGCUGCAACUGGAGCAACAAGGGCGACGCUGGUGAAAUCCAGGCCUCCGCCACGCUCCCGCGCGUCGCCUUUGACGGGCCCUUUGGCACCGCCUCGGAGGAUGUCUUCAAGUACGAGGUUGCCGUGUGCGUCGGCACGGGCAUUGGCGUGACACCCUUCGCCUCCAUCCUCAAGUCCAUCUGGUACCGCCUGCUCAACCCUUCCAUCCAGCUCAAGCUGCGCAAGGUGUACUUUAUCUGGGUCUGCCGCGAGAAGGAGGCCUUUGAGUGGUUUGCCGAUCUGCUCGAGGCGCUCGAGCAGCAGAUGGAGCAACAAAACCUGUACGAUUUCCUCGACGCCCGCAUUUACUUGACGGGCGAGCUCAACUCGAACGAAGUGCGCAACGUCAUGCUCAACGACGAGGAGGAGGCCGACGCCAUCACGGGUCUGCGCGCCAAGACCAACUUUGGCCGACCACAAUGGGGACGCAUUUACGAACAGCUCGUCCAAGACCAUCCUUCGACCAACAUUGGCGUCUUUUACUGCGGACCCAAAGUUGUUGCCAAGGAGCUCGGGCGGCUUUCUAAACAGUUUACCAAUCCUCGACCGGGUGGUACCAUUUUCAACUUUAACAAGGAGAACUUUUAAGCAAGUUUGGCUUUUUGUUUGUUGUUAUGUUUGGUAAAUUGUUGUUGUUGUUGUUGUUGUUGUUGUUGUUG